AUGCCUACCGGAUCCCUCUUCCCUGACAUAGACAUUCCUAAUGUCGACCUCUGGACGUUCUUGUUUGAGCGAAAGGAUCGGCCGUAUCCUGAUAACAAAGUCAUCUACCUCGACUCAGACACCAACCGCAGCUACACAUAUGCUCAAGUCCGCGCCACGGCCCUCGAUUUUGGAAAGGGGCUGAAGGCUAAUUGGAGCUGGAAGAGAGGCGAUGUCCUCGCGCUCUUCGCGCCGAACUGCAUUGAUACCCCGCCCAUAAUGUGGGGUGCACACUGGGCUGGCGGAAUUCUAUCGCCCGCCAACCCAGGCUACACAGCUGCAGAACUGGCCUUUCAGCUGAAAGAUGCAGGAGCCAAGGCAUUAGUGACGCAGUUGCCGUUCCUAGAAACAGCCCGCGAAGCAUGCAAAGCAGUAGGCAUUGAUGAGGAUCGGAUCAUCCUUAUGGGCGACGAAAAGGAUGAAUCCAACCGCUUUAAGCAUUUCUCCAGUUUCAAGAACUUUUCAGGCACGUCGAGAUUCAGGAAAGCGAAGAUAGAUCCUAAGAAAGAUCUCGCGUUCCUAGUCUACAGUUCUGGGACAACGGGGCACCCAAAGGGUGUAAUGUUGACGCAUACCAAUAUUGUGUCGAACGUGUUGAUGAAUGCUAUUGCUGGGGAUCACAAUCUAUCAUGGAAGGGCCAAAAAGAUGACCAAGGAGACAAGGUCCUUGCUUUCUUGCCGUUCUUUCACAUCUACGGCUUAACCAUCCUAUGCCAUUCACCCCUCUACCGCGGCUGGCAACUCGUCGUGAUGAAGAAAUUCGACCUCGCGCUCUUCUGCUCCAAUAUCCAAAAAUACGCCAUAACCUUCGCAUACGCCGUACCCCCCGUAAUUCUCAUGCUCGGCAAAUCGCCCGUCGUCGCCAACUACGACCUCUCCAGCCUCCGUAUGGUGAAUUCCGGCGCCGCUCCCCUGACACGGGAAUUAGUAGAAGCGGUAUGGAAACGGCUCAAGAUCCCCAUAAAGCAGGGGUACGGCUUAAGCGAGACGAGUCCCACGACCCACACGCAGCGCUGGGAGGACUGGCAAACCACAAUCGGCUCCGUGGGCCUGCUGCUGCCGAACCAGACAGCCAUGUACAUGGACGCGGAAGACAAGGAAGUGCCCGCGGGGCAGACGGGCGAGCUAUGGAUCAAAGGCCCGAAUGUCUUUCUCGGAUAUCUGAAUAACCCUGAGGGGACUGCGAAUGCGCUUACGAGCGAUGGGUAUUUCAAGACAGGCGAUGUGGGGCAUCAGGACGAGAAGGGGAAUUUCUAUAUCACGGAUCGGGUUAAGGAGCUUAUCAAGUACAAGGGGUUCCAAGUACCGCCUGCGGAGCUGGAGGGGAUUUUGACUGGACAUGAUGAUGUGGAUGAUGUGGCUGUGAUUGGCGUCUAUGAUGAGUCGCAGGCGACGGAGGUGCCAAGGGCGUAUAUUGUGCCGAAGAAGGGUGUGGAGGCGGGGAAGGCAAAGGAGAAGGAGAUCGUGGAGUGGCUGGGUACGAAAGUGGCUAGUCAUAAGCGGUUGAGGGGAGGCAUUCGGUUCGUGGAUGUGGUGCCUAAGAGUGCGAGUGGGAAGAUUUUGAGGCGGUUGUUGAAGGAGGAGGCGCUUAAGGAGGAGAAGGAUGGUGCGAAGGCGAAGUUGUAG